ACCACAACCACAGCUGCUCCAACCAUAACAACAGAGACACCAACCACAACAACAGCAGCUCCAACCACAACCCCAGUGGCUGCAACCACAACAGUUUCUCCAACCACAACCACAGCUGCUCCAACCACAACAACAAUUCCUUCAACCACAACAGCUGCACCAACCACAACAACAGCAGCUCCAUCCAAAACCACAGCUGCACCAACCACAACCACAGCAACUCCAACCACAACCACAGCUGCUCCAACAACAACCACCGCAACUCCAACCACAACCACAGCUGCACCAACCACAAGCACAGCAGCUCCAACCACAACCACAUUUGCUCCAACCACAACAACAGAAGCUCCAUCCACAACAACAAUUCCUUCAACUACAUCGGCUGCACCAACAGCAACCACAGCAGCUCCAACCCCAACUACAGUAGGUCCAACCACAACUACAGUAGCUCCGACCACAACUACAGUUGCUCCAACCACAACAACAGUAGCUCUGACGACAACCACAGUUGCUCCAACCACAACAGAGACAACAGCUUCACCAACCACAACCACAGCAGCUCCAACCACAACCACAGCUGCUGCAACCACAACUGAAGCCCCAAGCACAUCUACAGAAGGUCCAAAAACAGAGACAACAACCACAACCACAGCUGCUCCAACCACAACAAUUCCUUCAACCACAACAGCUUCUCAACUACAGUUGUUCCAACCACAACAACAGUAG